AUGACCAAUUUCUUAAAUCCACCGCCACAGUGGCUGUUUAAAGUCAAGAAUCUCCCCAAUACUUCAAAAUUCCACCGCGAUAAAUGGAUUGAAUUUAAUUCUAAAAAAUCUCCAUAUAUUUUGAUUAAAAUUGGCAAGACGACUCAAACUGUGAAUAACAGGAUUUUACAAUGGGAAAAGAAAUGUAAUCAUAAAUUAACCAAUUUAGAACCUUUGAAUAGGCAUUUAAUUGAGAAGAGAAGACACGAUGGAGGGAUCAUUAGUGGUUUGAUUAGAAGAUUUAGACGAUUGGAAGUUAGAGAUGAUGAAGAAGAUGUUCAAUAUAAACGAUAUAAGAAUAAUGGAUUUUAUUGUAAUUCAAAACUUGAUUUAAUUGAAUCAACAAUUCAUAAAUCAUUAAGAAAAAAAUAUGGGAAAGGAGAUGUUUAUUGUAUUGGUUGUAAUCAAGAUCCAAUUAAGGUGAAGCGUAAGACUUCCCCAUUUGAUACUAAUUACAAUGUUCAUAUUGAAUGGUUCUUAAUACCGAAAGAAGAUCUUCAAUAUGUUUACAAACUCAUAGAUUCUACAUGUAUUCAAUUGGGGUGA